CUCAAUUGCGACUCGGCCGAAAUUUCUAGUCGACGCUAUAUGCACGAGUUCAGUGAUGAACAAAAUCGAAUAGUCAGUUUGAUUCAUACGUUGCGCUUGAAAUAUUGGAUGAUUAUCUCAUUGACGCAGCCAUAACUAUAUAGGUAUAUAGGUAUAAUGCGCCAUAAAAAGUCAAGAUAAAGCCCAUUGCCAGCAGCCAGAGUCCCGAGUCGCGCGCGCGCAUUCCUCGUGGGUAUAGCUUGUCGACGCCACCGCCACCACCGCGUGCAGAUAUCGUCUGCGUUCAUUCGACGUUUCGGCGGCAAUUGUACAGGCAGCACUAGUGCAGCGUAAAACGUGCCUCUCGUCCGAGACCCGAGAGCUCGUGUUCCGCAGUCGCCAAGCAGCCUACAUCCGCACGAGUAACAGCAUUUACGACACGGCCACAUAGCAUUCACGAUACGCAGCAUUGAGCACUUGAGCAGGCAAAUAUGUAUAAUGCAAGGGCAGCGUUUCAUACUUUGACCCCACUGGCUCCAAAAGUCUGUGGGGCAGUCAAAUUUGCAUCAUGGCUCGUGCGAAGCAGCGAUCCAAUUUCCAAGACUAGUCAAGUAAUGGUUUCAGCACAUUUAUGUAGACGAAAAAGCACUGCAGCUUCGGAACCUUUUUUGAAUGGAAGUACUAGCUCCUAUGUGGAAGAAAUGUACAAUGCCUGGCUACGAGAUCCUACUAGUGUACAUAUUUCUUGGGAUUCUUUCUUCCGACAAAGUACUGCUGGUGCUGGGCCUGGUUUAGCUUAUCAAGCUCCACCAUCAUUAGGAAGUGAAAUAGCUCUUGGUUCUAUUAUGCCAGCAUUGGGUGGAUCGCAGCUGGGUCAUGCACCCAUAAGUGAAAAAGUUAUUGAUGACCAUUUAGCAGUACAAGCCAUUAUUCGAUCUUAUCAGAUUCGUGGUCAUCAUAUCGCAAAAUUGGAUCCACUGGGAAUCAACGCAGCCGAUCUCGAUGACAGGCAUCCACAAGAGUUGCUCUAUAAUUAUUACUCAUUUGACAGGAACGGUCCUCGAACUACUUAUACCCAGGACCUUCGAAAUCGAGUAGCUGCACUUACACAGAAGGAAUCGGAUAUGGACCGAGUGUUUAAACUUCCAUCAACUACUUUCAUCGGUGGAAAAGACAAAUCUCUUCCGCUUCGUGAAAUUUUAAAGAGACUCGAGCAAACUUAUUGUCAACAUAUCGGCGUCGAGUUCAUGUUCAUCAACUCACUCGAACAAUGCAAUUGGAUAAGGCAAAAGAUGGAAACACCUGGAGUCAUGGAGAUGACCAGCGACGACAAGAGACUACUCCUCGCUCGUCUGUCGCGCGCAACCAUGUUUGAAUCUUUCUUGGCACGUAAAUGGUCAUCAGAGAAGCGUUUCGGACUCGAGGGCGGCGAAAUCCUGAUCCCGGCGAUGAAACAAAUUAUCGACAAAUCCACUGAGCUGGGCGUGGAGUCAAUUGUUAUGGGCAUGCCACACAGAGGACGACUCAAUGUAUUAGCUAACGUUUGCCGCAAACCCUUGAACCAAAUCUUUACGCAGUUUGCUGGACUUGAAGCCGCCGAUGACGGUUCUGGCGAUGUCAAAUACCAUCUAGGCACGUACAUCGAACGUUUGAAUCGGGUGACCAAUAAAAACAUUCGUUUGGCUGUCGUAGCCAAUCCAUCCCACUUGGAGGCCGUUGACCCCGUGGUCCAAGGCAAGACCCGUGCGGAGCAGUUCUAUCGCGGAGAUGGCGAAGGCAAAAAGGUCAUGUCGAUGCUUCUGCACGGUGACGCCGCCUUCUGCGGACAAGGUGUUGUCUUCGAGACAAUGCACUUGUCGGAUCUGCCCGACUAUACGACUCACGGUACCAUUCACAUCGUCGUAAACAACCAAAUAGGCUUCACAACCGAUCCAAGACAUUCGCGCUCGUCACCUUACUGUACCGAUGUCGCUCGCGUCGUCAAUGCACCUAUUUUCCACGUUAAUUCGGACGAUCCUGAGGCAGUCAUGCAUGUAUGCAAGAUUGCCGCUGAAUGGCGAGCCACCUUCCACAAGGACUGCGUCAUUGACAUUGUCUCGUAUAGACGUAACGGACACAACGAGAUCGAUGAGCCGAUGUUCACGCAGCCUCUUAUGUACCGAAAGAUUAAGAAAACGCCACCAGCAUUUGAACUAUAUGCAAAGAAACUUAUCGAAGAGGGCACUGUUACCGCCGAUGAAGUCAAGGCGGUCAAUGACAAAUACGAUAAAAUCUGCGAGGAAGCUUAUUCCAACGCUAAACAAGAAACUCACAUUAAAUACAAGGAUUGGCUGGAUUCGCCGUGGUCUGGCUUCUUUGAAGGCAAAGACCCAUUGAAAAUGUCGCCCACCGGCAUUAAGGAAGAUACGCUCGUUCAUAUCGGUAAGAGGUUUUCGUCGCCACCACCCAAUGCCGCCGAAUUCGUCGUUCACAAAGGUAUUGAACGUAUCCUCAAGGCGCGCAUGGAAAUGGUCGAGUCACGACAAAUCGAUUGGGCCCUCGGAGAAGCUAUGGCUUUUGGUUCUCUUCUCAAAGAAGGUAUACACGUUAGGCUAUCUGGUCAGGACGUUGAAAGAGGCACUUUCUCUCACAGACAUCACGUUUUACACCAUCAGAAUGUUGACAAAGCCACGUAUAGACCACUGAAUUAUCUAUACCCGGACCAAGCUCCUUACACAGUUUGCAACAGUUCCUUGUCCGAAUAUGGCGUACUCGGUUUCGAACUGGGAUACUCAAUGACCAAUCCAAAUGCUUUGGUUAUUUGGGAAGCUCAGUUUGGUGACUUCAACAAUACUGCUCAGUGCAUCAUAGAUCAGUUCAUAAGCAGUGGUCAAGCCAAGUGGGUUCGACAAUCUGGUCUCGUUAUGCUUCAACCUCACGGCCUCGAAGGAAUGGGUCCUGAGCACUCAAGCGCCCGUCUCGAGAGAUUCUUGCAAAUGUCAGCUGAUGAUCCCGAUUAUUUCCCACCUGAAAGCGAAGAAUUUGCCGUUCGCCAACUUCAUGAUAUUAAUUGGAUUGUAGCAAACUGCACGACACCGGCAAAUCUCUUCCAUAUUCUGCGCAGACAAAUUGCUUUACCUUUCCGUAAACCUCUUAUCAUUAUGUCACCCAAGUCGCUUCUGCGACACCCAGAAGCACGCUCUAGCUUCGAUCUGAUGUUGGAAGGAACAGAAUUCCUUAGGAUUAUUCCAGAGGAAGGAAUUGCCGCUGAGAAUCCCGAUAACGUUAAAAGACUUAUUUUCUGUACCGGUAAAGUUUACUAUGAUUUGAAGAAGGCUCGAGCUGAAAGAAAAUUGGACGACUCUAUAGCUAUUACCAGGGUAGAACAGAUUUCUCCGUUCCCCUUCGAUUUGGUGAAAAAAGAGUGUGCCAAAUACCCUAACGCUGAGCUAGUUUGGUCUCAAGAAGAACACAAGAAUCAAGGUGCAUGGGGCUAUUGCCAACCUAGAUUCCAAACGGCACUCACUGGAUCUCGAACAGUAACUAAACCGAGCGCAAGUGAAAACAAUGAAGGAUGGUUGAGUAGCCUCUUCUCUUCAUCCCAAAAGACAAACACCUCUUCAGUAUCCGAUUCGAAAGAAUCAUCAGAAACUCUAGAACGAACACUUAGGUACGCUGGCCGUCCUGUAGCAGCAUCGCCAGCAACUGGCAGCAAAAUGCAGCAUCUCAGAGAACUGAAACAGCUCUUGGAUGACUCACUAAAUUUGUAAAAAAAACUAGAUUAUUCAAUUUUACCAAUUCUGUUUUAAUGAUUGUAAAAGAUAAACGACUGCGCCAACUACAUUUGAAUUAUAUCAAGCAUCCCAGUGAUACUCAUCAUAAAUUAAUUUAUUCUCAAUGAUGCCUUGCAAACAAGUUUAUCGACGUCACCACAAGAGUUAAAGUAAUAGAACGAACCAACGAAAGACGCCUGUAAAAUCACUAAUUUUUAAUGAAAGUAACAAUUGAUGAAUAUGUUGUGAUUCGCCGCACCAUAAAGUGUCGGUGAUUUCAUAGCUGUCACAUUUAAAUAAGAGCAAAAAAACACAAAAAUGAAGCGUUCUCAUUCUAUGCGUUUAAAGUAAAAUUUCAUAUCAGAUGUAUUUGAUUUGUGUCUCUAGUAAAGCAAUUGUCGUGAUAUGCGAUACAAUUUUAUAACCAUAGUAUUAUUUUAAUCUUAAAAAGCUGAAUUUGUAAGAUGAGCAAAAUAAGGUGCUUGUUAUCAGAUUCUGUAACUCAAAAUGAUUAAUUAAAAGUCGUGUUAUGAUUAUUUUAAAAUGCGUACUUAGGCGCAGAACCGUUUUAAAACCAAGAACGUCAAACGAUUAUCUCUCCGCGAGAGUACUUCGUACAUUAGCACCUGCUAAGUAUUGUCACUACGGUUACUAUUACUAAUGACGAUGUUGACGUGCGUGGGUGUGUAUGAGUGUGCGUGUAUCUGUAUUUCGAUAGCUCGUUUGUAUGUACAGUAAAAUGACGGAAGAACUGAUGACGUUUUUACUGUAAGUUAUAUAAUUUAUAUUCAUCUCUUCGCGUCAUCUACUGAAAUAAAGUAUUUCUCCAGCAAGAAUUCUGGUAAACGUUUUAUGAUGAAUACGUUUUUCGUUGAGUUCAACUGACUUUUACUUAGAAUUGUCAAAAAAUAAAUAGUCUAAUGAAUUAAUUCGUAAAAGCAGGAAUGCAAUGGCGCUUCGCCAGCUGGUCGUUGGUUAUUUCUGGCGGGAUCAGACUUGAUAGAACGACCCGAAACUGGCAACUUACGGCAUAUAUAUAUAUAUAUUUAUGUAAACAUGAAUAUUUAAGUUAAAAAACAAUUGACUUUAGUUAAAUAAUUUAAAAUAGAAAAAUUGUAUGUUCUGGCAUGAGAUUUUGGUGAUGAUUAUUACGCACGUAGGUGUAUUUUUUCCCAACAUUAAGAAAAAAAUGUGGAAAAUGACCGUGUGCAAUAAUGUAACUUUUACUUAUGUGUAAAACAAGAUUAAAUUUUUUGUGCGGUGCUGAAUAUUGUAUAAAAAUUAGUUACAAAAUUAUAUUUCAUUGGCUAAGCAAAAUGAUUUACAGUGCACUUGAUAAUUGUAGAGAAUAUUCAGUCUUAUAUUAAAUUAAUUCUUUCACCAUGAAA